UUUUUUCAACAAGUCUUAAAGAUCGUUUACGUUUUUGCCAUUUUGCCGCACGUCUGAAAGAGACUCGCGAGACUCGAGAUGACCUAAGUAAUUGUUUUUAUCGUUAAUCUUCCUAGACGAUUAGAUUCGAGACGAUUCUUCCGUGCCCGCGUGUGCACGCGCUUAAAGUCAGUUUCCAGAAGCAGCGAUUCUCUCCUCGCGCGGCCUACGGCCUACUGUGUCGGAAAGGACUAAAGGAGAUUUGCCAGCGGCGGGCGCUGGCGGCUCGACGCAGUCGACGCUCGAUCCUUGAUCCUCCAUCCUCCACCCUCGAUUCUCAAGGAUACCGCAGUAACCGGAGUCAACCGGAGUACUCGUGUACUUGAGCUUGCGGCUUGCGCCUCGUACGUGUUGACGUUGCCCGCCGUGUUAUAUAUUCCGCAGAUUUACCUGAAGAAUGGCGAACUUGAAGGUUCGCGUCAACUCGCCAAAGGUGCGCUACUCGGAGGAUUUUAUCGAGGCGGAGUACGAAUAUCAGACGACUAGGGUGACUGACAAUGAGAGUGACGGGAACGAUCGCGACACUUACACGGUAACACCUACGUCGACGAAAUUGCUCAUCAGGACCAUGAUUCGAGUCCCAAAGCUAGGGCUGAUGCUAGUGGGCUGGGGUGGCAACAACGGUAGCACCGUGACAGCAGCUUUGCUGGCGAACAAGCUUAAAUUAUCAUGGGAGACGAAAGAAGGUGUGAAAACUGCCAACUGGUACGGUUCCCUGACGCAAGCGUCUACCGUGAAAUUAGGCAGAAGAGUCAAAGGAGAAGACGUUUGUGUACCCAUUUCCAGUAUGCUGCCUAUGGUAAAUCCGGAUGACAUCGAAAUCGACGGCUGGGAUAUAUCGGAUGUAAACCUUGCGGAAGCCAUGACGCGUGCCAGAGUGCUGGAUGUAAACUUGCAGGUGCAGUUACGGCCCUACAUGACACACAUGCGGCCCAGGAGGAGUAUAUACUAUCCCGAUUUCAUCGCUUCGAAUCAGGGCAAAAGGGCAAAUAACAUCAUCAUGGGUACCAAGGCCGAGCAACUCAACUUGAUUCGCAAUGACAUAGUGCAGUUCAAAACUGCAAAGGGUCUUGACCAAGUCAUUGUCCUAUGGACCGCAAAUACUGAAAGAUUCUCGGAGAUCAUAACAGGCGUCAAUGAUACAGCCGACAAUCUGUUGAAGGCAAUCGAGGAAGAUCACUCGGAGAUCAGUCCCAGCACAAUGUUCGCUGUGGCAGCGGCUCUAGAAGGAUGUACUUACAUCAAUGGAUCGCCGCAAAACACUUUUGUACCGGGUGCCCUUGAACUAGCCAAGAAGCAGAAGACAUUCGUCGGCGGCGAUGAUUUCAAAUCCGGUCAGACAAAGCUCAAGUCCGUGCUUGUGGAUUUCCUGGUAUCGGCCGGUAUAAAGCCGGUAUCGAUUGUCAGUUACAACCAUUUAGGGAACAACGAUGGAUACAAUCUAUCCGCGCCACAACAAUUUCGUUCAAAAGAGAUCUCCAAAAGUAACGUUGUGGACGAUGUGGUGACAUCCAACAAGAUUCUUUACAAGCCCGGAGAGAAGCCGGGCCACUGUGUUGUCAUUAAAUAUGUUCCUUACGUUGGUGACAGCAAGAGAGCCAUGGAUGAGUACAUUUCCGAAAUCAUGCUAGGCGGUCACAACACCAUCGUGAUCCAUAAUACAUGUGAGGAUUCGCUUCUCGCGACUCCUAUCAUUCUCGACCUUGUCAUUUUAGCCGAACUCUGCUCUCGUAUCACUUUUAAACGGGCGGAUUCGGACGAUGACGAAGAAUUCUCCGGUUUCCACAGUGUACUUUCUAUUUUGUCAUAUCUCUGCAAGGCCCCACUGGUGCCCCACGGGACUCCGGUGGUAAAUGCCUUGUUUCGACAACGGGCUGCCAUCGAAAACAUCUUACGAGCUUGCUUGUCAUUGCCACCGGAGGACAACAUGCUGCUUGAACAUAAAGUCAUUUUUAAGAUUUAAAGAGGCAGGGGGUGACGAGAUGAGAAUAGGGAGGAAGGGAUACGGAGUAGGGGAUAAGGGAUAGGAAGAGGGAAAAGAAAAAAAGAAAGGAAGGAAGUGUGGGUGAGAUAGGGGAUGAAGAGGUGUAUAAAGA